AUGGGCAAGAAAGAAGUUUUGGUCUGCUAUGGAGUGGACAUCGACGCAGUGGCAGGUUGGCUUGGAUCCUAUGGGGGUGAGGACAGCACCAGCGAUAUCAGUCGAGGGAUUUGGGCCGGCACAAUUGGGACCCGCAGACUUCUGAAGCUGUUCGACAAGUACAACAUCAAAGCGUCCUGGUUCAUCCCGGGCCAUUCCUUGGAGACGUUUCCAGAGGAGUGUGCUAUGGUCCGCGAUGCGGGACACGAGAUUGGGCUCCACGGCUACAGUCAUGAAAAUCCCAGUGAUAUGAGCAUCGAGCAGCAGAGAGAUGUGCUGGAUAAGACCUGGAAGAUGCUGACGGACUUCUGUGGAAAGCCUCCUCGGGGAUCUGUUGCUCCCUGGUGGGAAACUAGCAAGGAAGGCACAGAGCUCAUGCUGAGUUACGGCAUCGAAUAUGAUCACUCAAUGUCGCACCAUGAUUGUCAGGCGUACUGGCUCCGUACAGGAGACUCUUGGACGAAGAUUGACUAUUCGAAGAAAGCAGAGGAGUGGAUGAAGCCACUGGAAAAGGGUCAAGAAACGGGGCUCGUUGAGAUACCCGGUUCGUGGUACAUCGAUGAUCUGCCUCCAAUGAUGUUCAUCAAGAACAGCGCCAACUCUCACGGAUGGGUGAACCCAAGAGACGUCGAAGAUAUUUGGAAGGACCACUUCGAUUACUUCUACCGGGAAUACGGCAAGUCGUGGCACAAUUCAUUCAAUGCCAGCAUCCACUAA